AUGAGUAUAUUAUUUGAAGAAUAGUUAUAAAGUCACAAUAAAGAAAUUGAAACCUCAAUGAAAAUUCUAUUAUAAUUAGAAGAAUAUACCGAAUAAGAGAAUAUUAUGUAAAUUGCAAAAUUAUUAAUAACUUAAUCAGAAGUAAUAAAAGAAUAAUUGAUUAAUAUUGAUGAAGUAGAAAUAUUAUGUAAAGAUUAACAAGAACAAAUUGAUAAUCUUUGCAUUCAUAAAUAGUAAUUAAUAAAUGAGAAUCAGAAAUAUAGUUCAUAAAUAUAUGAGUUAUAAAACAAUUAUAAUUCCAUAUAGAAGUAGCUUGAUUCUGAAAAAUACCAUAGUCAACAACUUUCUUAAUUGGAAUCUCACAUAAAAACUUUAUAAUAGGAGUUAGAUUUCUUAAAUAAUUAUAAUACUUAGCUUAUUUCAGAGAAUAAGAGACUAAAUGAAAAUAAUUAGUAGUUAUUAUUAAUUAUUGAUGAUCAUGAAACAUUAAUUUAAAGAAUGAACAAUGAUUAAAUAUAACUAGAUCUUUUAAAAUAAGAAAUCUAAAACUAGAUUCAAUUAAAUAAUAAAAUGGCAUAAUCAUAAGAUUUAUUAAUAGAAUAAAUGAAACAAAAAAUAGCAGAAUAUGAAAUUAAAUUAGAUUUUUUUCAACAAUAACAACAAAGUACUCUUUAAAGCAGAAUGUCAUUCUCUUUAGUUGAUGAUUUAGUUAAUUAAGAAGAUAUAUAUUAGAAGGUUAAUGAAACUAUAUAGUCUGAGUUUUAGAGUAUUAUUUAAAAUACAGAUAGUACUCAAAUCAAUAAUAUUGAAUUAAUUGAUGAAUUUAGUUAUUUUAAAAAAGAAUAUUGUGGAUUAAAAGAUAAUCGAUAUAUUAAAGAAAUUAUAAAAAAAGAUAGGGAAGCUUUGAAAAAAGAUAACAUUUUUUGUUUUAGUGAUCAUAUCUUUAGGAUAAAUAUUAGAGGAGAAAAAUCUAAGAGAAUUAUGUUUAUUACAGAAAGUAAUUUUUAUUUUUUUGAAGAACAUAAUUAAAACAUCAAAAUUACAAGAUAAUUCCCAAUUUCUAAAAUCUAAUAAAUAAUAUGUUGUGAAUUUAAUCCUAUUUUAUGUUGUUUAAAAAUAAAAGGCUAAAAUGAUGAUUAUUUAAUUGAAACCUUUAAAUUAAAAGAUUUUAUAGAAUUUUUAAAUGAAACUCUUAAUUGUUAAAUUUAAAUAUCUUACUAAUAAAACUUUUAGAUCUAGUUUAAAAAUUACACUCAUCCUAAAAAUUUAAAUGAAAUUGGGAAUGGAUUGUAUGAUGGAAGUGGAAAAUAAGCAGCUUUCAAAGUUUCAUAAAAAUAAGGAUUUUUGUAAAUGCAAUAGAAAACACUUUUUGGAUUUUAGGAUUGGGUUGAAGUCUUUGCAUUAAUGACAGAUGUGGGACUAUUAUUAUUUAAAUAGGCUGGAGAUAUGCAUCCAAUCCUAUUUGUCCCAUGUGCAGAUGCAAUUAUAAUUAAAAAUCCUUUGAAAUGUAAACCAAAUUGUCUUAAGAUCAAAUAUAGAGAUUGUGAAUACAUUUUUAAUGUAACUUCAUAAGCAUUGUUAGAAGAAUGGUAUUAAGAAUUAAAUAGAUAAGUAGUUAGUUAACAUAAAUUACAACUAUCUUAAUCAUUAAGGAAUCUUUGA